AUGAGGAGAGGACCUCUGAACAGUGCUGCCUUGACUACCACAACUCAUAAAAGACUGAAAGGGGUGUCUGAUAGGAUGGGUACUCAAGUGGGGAUCCAGAUGAUCAACAUAGUCAAUGGGCUGAAAAAGAGAUUGGAUGAUGCGAAGGGAAGAUGGGUGAAAGAGCUGCCACACGUCCUAUGGACGUAUCAGACUACCCCACGUCGGUCAACAGGAGAGACUCCCUUUUCCAUGACUUAUGGGGUCGAGGCCGUCAUCCCCUUAGAGACUAACUUCCCAACGCUAAGAACAAGUACCUUCACUCCAAGCAACAACGAUGAACUGCUAGGAAAAAGUUUGCAUUCAAUUGAAGAAAAAAGAGAAAAGGCAAUGAUCCAACUAGCCUAUUAUCACCAGAAACUAAAGCAGGGGUAUGAUGCCAAUGUAAAACUGCGGCCACUAGCACCAGGAGACUUGGUGCUGAGAAAAGUUUUAGGUAAUGCCAAGAACCCGUCCUGGGGAAAGCUAGGACCCAACUGGGAAGGUCCGUAUCGCAUCACUUCAGUAGCAGGAAUAGGUGCAUAUCAUUUAGAAGACUUAGAUGAGAAAGUUGUACUCUGCCCAUGGAAUGUAAAUAACCUAAGAAGGUAUUAUUAUUAA